CGGCGGGACCCGCUCCAGGCACCGCGGCUCGGCCCCGGCCGCUCGCCAGCCGGCAUGCUGCUCGUGGCCGCCGGGCUCCUGCUCRCCGUAGCGGCGGGCGGGCGGGGGUCGCCGGCCGCGGAGCAGGAGAGCCCUCCGGGCAGCCGCUUCGUGUGCACGUCGCUGCCGCUGGACGCCGCCGGCGCGGGCUGCCCGCUGCCCCCCGUGCCCAUGCAGGGCGGCGCGCUGCCCCCCGAGGAGGAGCUCAAAGCCACGGUGCUGCAGCUGCGGGAGACCGUCCUGCAGCAGAAGGAGACCAUCGGCAGCCAGCGGGAGGCCAUCCGGGAGCUCACCGGGAAGCUGAGCCGCUGCGAGGGCGCCGACGGCAAAUCCGCCUGGAAGAACGAGGUGGGCAAGGGCAAGGACACGAUGGGCGACCUGCCGCGGGACCCGGCGCAGGUCAUCGACCAGCUGAGCCGCACCAUGCAGACCCUGAAGGACCGGCUGGAGAGCCUGGAGCACCAGCUCAGAGCCAACGUGUCCUACGCAGCCCUGCCCAGUGACCUGCGGGAGAUGCUGCAGCGGCGCCUCGGGGACCUGGAGCGCCAACUCCUGAGCAAAGUGGCCGAGCUGGAGGAUGAGAAAUCCCUGCUGCACAACGAGACCUCAGCCCAUCGACAGAAGACAGAGACAGCCCUGAAUGCAUUGCUGGAAAGAGUGUCUGAAUUAGAGAAAGGUAACAGUGCUUUCAAGGCACCUGAUGAAUUCAAGGUCUCCCUUCCCCUCCGCACAAAUUACUUGUACGGGAAGAUCAAGAAGACUCUGCCAGAGCUCUACGCCUUCACCGUGUGCUUGUGGCUGAGGUCAAGUGCUUCUCCUGGAAUUGGCACUCCCUUCUCUUAUGCUGUUCCUGGGCAAGCCAAUGAAAUUGUGCUCAUAGAGUGGGGCAAUAAUCCAAUUGAACUGCUAAUUAAUGAUAAGGUUGCCCAGCUCCCUCUCUUCAUUAGUGAUGGAAAAUGGCAUCAUAUCUGCAUAACAUGGACAACCAGAGAUGGAAUGUGGGAAGCUUUUCAGGACGGAGAGAAGCUUGGCACUGGGGAGAACCUUGCACCUUGGCAUCCAAUUAAACCUGGAGGUGUCUUGAUCCUGGGUCAGGAGCAGGACACGGUGGGAGGAAGAUUCGAUGCAACUCAAGCCUUCGUUGGGGAGAUGAGCCAGUUCAAUAUAUGGGACAGGGUGUUGAAAGCUGAAGACAUCAUGAAUAUUGCCAACUGCUCCAUCAACAUGCCUGGCAACAUCAUCCCCUGGGUGGACAACAACGUGGAUGUGUUUGGAGGUGCUACUAAAUGGCCUGUGGAGACCUGUGAGGAGCGUCUGCUCGACCUGUAGCUGUGAUCACUCCCCAUCCAAGUGCCCCCUUUAGUAGGACAAUCUCCUGUGCAAUCUAAAGCACUUCUUUUUCUCCUUUCCCUUCCCCAGUCUCAACCCUUAUUGAAAGAAAAAAAACAAUUGAGUAAACUGCCUCAGUGCAAAGAUAGCUGCUAGUUUGGGGCAUUGAGCCUGACUAUGAAAGGAGCACUUCUUGCUUUCUUCUGGCCUGAUCCAAAAACAYGCUUUGGCCUGCAGCAGCCUUUGUGGGCCUGAGCUUAGAACAUCAGCUCUUCUGCAGGGAGGAGAGCACUCUGCACCCUCAGGUUCCUGGUGAUUUAACAGGCUAAAUGGGAACCCUUCCUUCCAGUCUCUCCUCUGAAUUGAAGCCAUUCUUUUAUAGCCCUUUUUAAAAAAAAAAUAAAAAAAUCUCUUAAUCCUUACACUGCAGUGGUUAUGGUGCAACUGUGGGUAGAGCAGAACAGCCACUGUCUGAGUGCAAGGCUUUUGCUUUUUAAUUUGCAGAUUAGAAAUCCUUGUUUUAUGAUAAAGAGGUGAUGUAUUUGAGACACAUUGUACCAGUUCAAUUUGAAGAAAGGGCUGUUGAAUCAGCACAGCUCCAAUGAGGCAGAGGUGCUUCAGGUGAGGUUCUGUCCCAAAGCCUUUCCUUUGCUAGCCAGGAUCACCCAGCUGGGUGAGAGAUUGUACUUGUAUUUCCUGUGGGCUGAAUGUACUGAAUUCCUACUGACCUGGCUUGUAAACUUUUCUCCAUUGUUUCUCUUGCUUCAGUCAAUGUCUUUAUUUUUUUUUUUAAAUAUACAAGCUGUGAUUAAGUGAAUUUCCAUUUUGUUUUGCUUUGAAAGGCCUUUUUAUGAGCAAGUGCCAAAGUUCAGUUUCUGCUUGCUGAGAAUUGCUCUCUACUUUUCCAGCAUAAAAGUCUUCUGCACUGGUUUCUAUGUUAUUACAAUGGUCCAAUGUAAUAUGAARAUGUGCUGCUUUUUCAAUUCUUGUUGACUGUCUCUUCUGUAAGCACUGGGCUGACUACUAUAUUUUUUUAUCAUUUUCUCUCAAUAUUUUGCAAACAAUGUUGCUGUUUCCUUGGCAUUGAUGUGACUACUUGGUUUGUGGCUCGCAGAUAGCAAAUGCACUGUAAUGGGAAAGAGUUAAUACUUUUGUUAUUUAAAAGAAAAAGGAUUUAAAGGGGGGGGAGGGGGAAUUUAUAAAGCUAAAUAUCAUAUUUUAUUUUUCAUAUGUUUGAAUUGUAAGAAUAAUAUGGUGACAGUCCCAUUUGUAGGGUAAAGUUACAUAUUUCCAUGAAUAUGUAGUAUGCUGUUCUUAAAAGAAAAUUCUUAUAAUGAACUUUUAAUUAAAAUGCACUGUAA